CUCAACCCUUUCUUCCUUCUUAUUUAUCUUGUAUCCUCCUCUCUCUCUCUCUCUCUCUCUCUCUCUCAUUGUUAUAUUUCCAAGCACAAAAGACCGUUGUUUUUGUUGCUGACUUAAAAACACCAAGAUACUUUCAAUGAGCAGUCUCAAGCUAUGUGUUGAAGUUGUUGGUGCUCAUGACCUUGUUGCCAAAGAUGGAGAGGGGUCAUCUACUACUUUUGUAGAACUUGAAUUUGAUGAUCAGAAAUUUCGUACAACAACUAAAGAUAAAGAUCUUAGUCCAUAUUGGAAUGAGAUUUUUUACUUCAACAUUACAGAUCCAAGCAAGUUAUCAAACCUUAAUCUUGAAGCCUGCAUAAACCACUAUAACAAAACCAAUGGCUCCAAAAUUCCCCUUGGCAAGGUUAAGCUCACUGGAACCUCAUUUGUUCCACAUUCUGAUGCUGUUGUAUUACACUAUCCUCUUGAAAAGAAAGGCAUUUUUUCGCGCACGAAAGGUGAACUUGGUUUGAAGGUAUUCAUUACAAAUAAUCCUUCUUUAAGAGCCUCAAACCCUCUUCCUGCUAUGCAAGAACCCUUCGUCAACAAUGGAUUCAUGAAUACCGAUCAAAACCUUGCACAAGAUCAAAUACCGGUACCGGCAUCAUUUACAAAUCAAAUCCUCAACAAUGUGUUGAAAAAGAAAAAUGAGUCAAGGCACACAUUUCACAACCUUCCUAAAUCAAAUGAUGGAAAGGAAAAGAAAUCAAAUGUAACAGUUGGGAUGCAUGAGAUGAAAUCUGGACCGUCUGCUCCGAAAGUUGUUAAAGCGUUUGCAGGCACAGCAGCGUCUGCAAUGGACUAUGUAAUCAAAGAGACAAAUCCUUCUCUUGGAGGUGGAAAAGUCGUUGGUGGAAGAAUUCUUCGCGGGAGUAAUAAUUCUCCUAGCAGCACCUAUGACCUUGUAGAACCAAUGGACUAUCUUUUCAUACGAGUUGUGAAAGCUCGCGAUCUUCCAAGGAUGGAUUUGACCGGUAGCCUUGAUCCCUAUGUGAUUGUCAAGGUUGGAAACUUCAAAGGAACAACCAAUCACUUUGAGAAAAACAAUAGUCCUGAAUGGAACCUGGUGUUUGCAUUUGCCAAGGAGAAUCAACAAGCAACUACUCUUGAAGUUGUUAUCAAAGACAAGGACACAAUACAUGAUGAUUUUGUUGGAACUGUGAGGUUUGAUCUGUACGAUGUUCCUAAACGUGUUCCACCUGAUAGUCCUUUGGCUCCUCAGUGGUAUAGGAUUGUGAACAAAAAAGGCGAAAUGAUGAAUACUGGAGAGAUAAUGCUUGCUGUCUGGCAUGGCACACAAGCUGAUGAGGCUUUUCCUGAUGCUUGGCAUUCCGAUUCAAUGUCUCCUAAUGAAAGCUUUUCAGCUAACUAUGCUCAGAUUCGGUCUAAAGUCUACACUUCUCCAAGGUUAUGGUACCUACGUGUGAAAGUGAUUGAGGCACACGACUUGGUUUCACACGACAACAAGUCUAGAGCUCCUGAUGCUUUUGUUAAGGUGCAACAUGGUAACCAGAUUUUCAAGACAAAACCGGUUCAAUCAAGAAUCAAUAACCCGCGGUGGGAUCAAGGUACUUUGUUUGUUGCUGCUGAACCCUUUGAAGAACCUUUGAUCAUUACGGUUGAAGAUAAGGAUGAGACUAUUGGCAAUAUUGUUAUUCCUCUCAGCACAAUUGAAAAACGCGUUGAUGACCGAAAAGUCCGUAGCAGGUGGUAUCCGCUUGCUAAGUCCAUGUCCUCAGCAAUGGAAGCAGAAGAAAGGAAAAUUAAAGAGAAAAACAAAGAUAAAGACAAGUUCGCGAGUCGAAUCCAUAUCGAUGUUUUUCUUGAUGGUGGAUACCAUGUGUUAGAUGAAUCAACUUAUUAUAGCAGUGAUCUUAGGCCUACUUCAAGACAACUAUGGAAAAAAGCAAUUGGUGUAUUGGAACUUGGCAUUUUGAAUGCUGAUGUACAACCAACCAAAACUAGGGAUGGUAGAGGGGCAGCAGAUGUAUACUGUGUGGCAAAAUAUGGUCACAAAUGGGUGCGAACGCGAACGAUUGUGGGCAGUUUAAGCCCGAAAUUCCAUGAGCAGUACUAUUGGGAAGUUUAUGAUCCAUCCACAGUUCUCACCCUUGGUGUGUUUAACAAUGGACAACUUAAUGAUUCAAAUGACAGCAAUGAUUCAAAGAUCGGUAAGGUUCGGAUAAGGCUCUCAACGUUGGAAACCGGUCGCAUUUACACACAUAAUUAUCCGUUGUUGUCGCUGCAAGGUUCCGGUCUCAAGAAGAUGGGUGAGGUUCAUUUAGCCAUCCGAUUCUCAUGUACCUCAAUGAUGAACAUGAUUAAUUUGUAUUUCAAACCGCAUUUGCCGAAGAUGCACUAUACAAAACCUCUCAACAUAUUUGAACAAGAAAAGUUGAAAUUCCAAGCAAUGAUCAUUGUUCAAGCUAGACUUGGCAGAACAGAACCACCUCUUAGAAAGGAAGUGGUUGGAUACAUGUCUGAUACAGACUCUCAUCUAUGGAGCAUGAGAAAAAGCAAGGCGAACAUCAACCGUCUGAAAGAAGUUUUCUCGGGACUAAUAUCAGUUGGAAGUUGGUUAAUAGAAAUUUCAACAUGGAAAAAUUCUGUCACAACAGUAUUAGUCCACAUUCUUUACAUGAUGCUUGUUUGUUUCCCACAACUCAUUCUACCAACCAUGUUUCUCUACAUGUUCAUUAUAGGUCUGUGGAAAUGGAGGUUUCGCCCGAGGAACCCUCCUCACAUGAACACUAGUCUUUCUUGUACUGAUGUGACAACUCCAGACGAAUUGGACGAGGAGUUUGAUACGUUUCCAACGAAGAAAAGCCAGGAUAUAGUUCGUUGGAGGUACGAUCGGUUGAGAAGUUUGGCGGGGAGGGUUCAAAGUGUUGUUGGAGACAUAGCAACACAAGGUGAGAGGCUACAUGCACUACUAAACUGGAGGGAUCCUCGAGCAACAUAUAUAUUCAUGGCGUUUUCUUUUGUGGCUGCAAUAGUUUUGUAUCUGAUACCUACUCAGUUAGUGUUUCUUUCAGCUGGAUUUUACCUAAUGAGGCACCCUAAGUUAAGGGGUAAGUUACCAUCUGCACCAGUUAAUUUCUUCAGAAGGUUGCCUGCUCUUACUGAUAGUAUGUUGUAAAUUGAACCUUUGGGUUUUUUACUGUUUAUGGAAUUGCUUGUACAAAAUCAAUGGGUUUGUUUAAUGUCACUUGUAUCAUUAUUAGUGUGGAUAUAAAUUGCAAUGAUGUGGAUUUUGAUACGAAUGGCUACAAUUUUUAAAGAAGUAAA